UCCAUCCACGAGACGGAGGACCCCAAUGACAACCGGUACCUGCUGGUGAUGAAGGGUGCCCCCGAGCGCAUUCUGGACCGCUGUGCCACCAUCCUCCUGCAGGGCAAGGAGCAGCCUCUGGAUGAGGAGAUGAAGGAGGCCUUCCAGAACGCCUACCUGGAGCUUGGUGGCCUGGGCGAGCGUGUCCUGGGUUUCUGCCACUACUACCUGCCGGAGGAGCAGUUCCCCAAGGGCUUCGCCUUCGACUGUGACGACGUGAACUUCACCACAGACAACCUUUGCUUCGUCGGUCUCAUGUCCAUGAUCGACCCUCCCCGGGCGGCCGUCCCUGACGCUGUGGGCAAGUGCCGCAGCGCGGGCAUCAAGGUCAUCAUGGUCACCGGCGAUCACCCCAUCACUGCCAAGGCCAUCGCCAAAGGCGUGGGCAUCAUCUCGGAGGGCAAUGAGACGGUCGAGGACAUCGCUGCCCGGCUGAACAUCCCCGUCAGCCAGGUCAACCCCAGGGAUGCCAAGGCCUGUGUGAUCCAUGGCACCGACCUCAAGGACUUCACCUCUGAGCAGAUUGACGAGAUCCUGCAGAACCACACGGAGAUUGUCUUUGCUCGCACCUCCCCUCAGCAGAAGCUCAUCAUCGUGGAGGGCUGCCAGAGGCAG